AACUGGAGGAAGAAGUAAAUGAAUAGCGCACGACAGUGGACAUUCAGUUGUCAAUGUGUUAUGUGAUUAUUAUAAGGUACUGUAAGUUAACCAAAUUGUGAACAUUUCUAUAUUAUUAUUAGAAAUUUAUUGAUCGCAAACUCUUCUCAGGAGUGUAAAUACUCUACCGGGACUUACGGUACAAUAGAUAGGAGCUUUGGGUACCUUAAGAUCGAGCAUCAAUCUGUCUAGGAGUGGAGAGACAACGACUCGCCCGUUCGAAUGUGGCUGCUCGAUUGAUUUUGAGACUGCUUUUGAAGAGACGUUACUAGGGAAUCUCUUUAAAUAAAAGUCAAAAAAAAAUCCAAGAUGACAUUAAAUACAGACAUUUCAACAGCUUUACACUUGUUGGAGCAUGUGCAUGAGCGAGUAGAGGAUUGCGAUGAUCCAAAGCUGCAGUUGCAUACCAGUCAGGAUUUGCAAUCACUUAUAUCAUUAUUGGAGGAUCCAGUAUUUCGAAGUAUUGUGACAAUACAAGAUUCACUGGCAGAAUUAAAUAGUCAACUUGGACAGCAUCCUUCUAUUUUACCGGGAGACUUUGAUAUUAGUCUUGGUGGGCAGUUAGAGCUUUCAGUUCCUAAUACACCAGUUCAACCAGUUGGACAAGCAAUGUACCAAAAUUUAUAUCAAGAUACUGAAAUAGAUGAUCAGAGAGUUCCAGUCGCACCACUGUUGCAUAGCAGUAGUGAAGAAACUAGCACACAAGUAACAAGUCCUAGUUUAAUUUCUGAGGUAAUUGGAAUGCCACCCAUAAUGACUCCAACAUAUGCAAAGGAAUUUCAAAAGGUUAUAGAAACAGCAGCUAAAGGGAGACAAAUUUUCACUGUUCAGUUGUACAAAUCAGAAGGAACGAGCCUUGGAUUCAGUGUGGUUGGACUUCGUAGUAAGGAUCGUGGUGAAUUGGGAAUAUUUUUACAAGAAAUUCAACCAAAUGGAAUUGCUGGAAGUGACGGUCGACUGGUCGAAGGCGAUCAAAUACUGGCGAUAGAUGGGCAGCCUCUGGACUCCAAUAUCUCUCACGAGCAAGCAAUAUCCAUUCUCCAGAAGGCCCGGGGCCUAGUGGAGCUAAUCGUUGCAAGAAGCGCCCAAGAUAUUGGGAAUACUCUGUCGACGGAUGAGUUGUCCGGGGUACUUGGUGCAAGUGCAGCGGCAGCGGGUGGAGGUGGAGGCGGAUCAGCAGCAGCAGCAGCGGCAGCAGUUGUUCAACCCGGCAACAUUAGCCCCGAUAAGGAAGUCCUCGCAAUCUCAGUUGGGAGCAAACCUCCCGUUCCCCAAUUGGGGGCUAGUACUAUUCCAGCGGCUAACGUCGUCGCAGCGGCGGCACCACCAACGGCACCUGCAACAGCGGCACAAUCGACGACCAUUGGCCAGGGACAGAUUCCCGGGGGUCUCAUCGAAAGGAGCAACUCCGCUGUUAGCGACGCAUCCAAAGGUGGUGACAUGGUGCUAAAUACUGAAUGGGCGCAAGUAGAAGUAAUCAACCUUAUCAAUGAUGGCAGUGGUCUUGGUUUUGGUAUCAUUGGUGGACGAAGUACUGGCGUCGUCGUUAAAACGAUACUUCCCGGUGGAGUCGCCGAUCGCGACAAUCGAUUGCAAAGCGGAGAUCACAUAUUGCAAAUCGGGGAUGUUAACCUCCGAGGAAUGGGAAGCGAGCAAGUUGCAGCUGUGCUGCGUCAAUCGGGAACUCACGUGCGCCUCGUCGUCGCCCGACCCAUCGAGCCCACCUCCCCUGAUUACCAGGCCCUGGGCAGUCACGCUCCAAUUGUACCUACGAAGAUCCUCGGUGAUCCAGACGAGCUCGAUAGACACCUGCUGCGCAGUGGCGUCGAUGCCCACAACCUCCGACGCGGCCAAGGGGACACGACCUACGAUAAUGGCACCGUUUAUGGACCGAACUCCGAAUUGGACAUCCACGGUCGCACGAGCCUCAUCCUUGACGUCGCGCGUAGUCCCCUGUUGGUCUCCGCGCCGAUUAUCACUCCAUCGAUUCCGGGUACCCUGCCGAUCGGCGAGCUGCCUGUUCUGUCGAUGGAAACCGUCAUUGACGUCAAUGCCCUACCAGAAAUGGAGCGAUUCACUGUCGAGCUGAAGAAAGACAGCUGUGGCCUCGGUAUUACAAUCGCCGGCUAUGUCUGUGAGAAAGAGGAGCUAUCGGGAAUUUUCGUGAAAAGCAUAAGUGAGGGAAGUGCCGCCGAUCUGAGUCAGAAAAUCCAGAUAAACGACCGAAUUGUUGAAGUGAAUGGCCACUCGCUGCAGGGCUACUCGAAUCACGAAGCGGUUGAGGUCCUGAGAAGUACCGGACAAACAGUAAUAUUAUGCCUGGAGAGGUACCUACGGGGUCCUAAGUACGAGCAGCUGCAGCAGGCGAUCGCCGCCAGUGAGCUGAGACUCCCCCAGCCGAGCUCACCCUCAAUCACAAGUCUACCCACCUUUCCCAUAAGUGCUGACGGUGACACGACAAUAGAAAUAGAACCGGAAGGCGAAUCACAUACCACGGUUGACAGCACAGUUUUACAAGAAAUUGAUCGAGAUGUUUUAAUGGGUAAUUUUGAUGAUAUUACAAAUAUCGAAGCCCUACUUAGCGAUCCUUCCACCGAACUCACACCGAAGAUUGAAAUAGCUAUAAAAGUCAAGUGGCAAAAAAUUGUUGGCCCAGACAUUGAAAUAGUGGUGGCUCAAUUAAAGAAAUUUGCGGAAGGCAGUGGUCUCGGUAUUAGUUUGGAGGGUACGGUAGAUGUUGAAAAUGGGCAAGAAGUGCGACCUCAUCAUUACAUUCGCUCUAUUUUACCAGAAGGCCCAGUUGGGCAAAAUGGUAUUUUGAGAUCGGGAGAUGAGCUUUUGGAGGUAAAUGGUUAUCGUCUACUUGGAAUUAACCAUAUGGAAGUGGUUAGCGUUUUAAAAGAACUGCCGAUUCACGUUCGAAUGAUUUGUGGAAGAAAUAUUGCUUCUCAAGAUCCACUCUGUCCAAUAGACACUGCCCAGCAUCAAGCGGCUUUUCAAACAAGAAGUAUACUCGGCGGAUCUCUUCAAAAUUUAUUACCAACCUCCGAUCGUUUAGUAAAGGCAAAAUCAGAUGGAUCCUUAGCAUCAACUACAACGACAGCGACAGUUACAGAUGCUAGUCUAAAUAAAAUGAAAUCUCGCUCCUUAGAACCAUUGACUGGACUAGCUAUGUGGAGUUCUGAACCACAGAUCAUCGAAUUGGUAAAAGGAGAGAGAGGCCUUGGGUUCUCCAUUUUGGAUUAUCAGGAUCCAAUGAACCCCAACGAGACUGUGAUAGUAAUAAGAUCUCUCGUACCGGGCGGCGUCGCCCAGGUUGAUGGACAGUUGAUCCCGGGUGAUCGGCUGCUCUUUGUAAAUGACAUUGCCCUCGAAAACGCAACUCUGGACCAGGCAGUGCAGGCGCUUAAAGGAGCACCAAAGGGUAUCGUACGCAUUGGUGUGGCGAAACCACUGCCCAUCCCUGAUAGCAUCGCACAGCGAUUGGCGCCGAUUUGCAUAGUCAGGCGUAGUAGAAGUCUAUCGGACAGCGAUGCCACAGACCACGUCGCCGAUUUCAACGAUUUUCUCUCGUCACAAUCAGGGAUGAGUGAUGAUGCUGCCGUCGGCGAAAAUGCAGAUACCGCAAAAGUCAAAAAGGAUACCCAAAUGAAAAAUGUAAACAUUCCUUAUGCGGGUGGUGUUCCCGAAGUGCCACCUCGCACGAGAAGAAAAGAGAUCGGAGAUCAGGACCAGCACUCGACGCUAAUCAAACUCUCACCCUUCUCCGAAGAGCGGAGAAGGGCCAUGGUAAGCGAAACCCUUAAAACACCAGAAGAGAAGCCAAUGGAAUCGGUAUCGGAUGAGGCUGCAGUUCUCGAGUGGAAAUUACAAGAGAAUGACGUACUAAAUGCAAUUCUUGAGGGUUUGGAAGUGACAAUCAAAUCAAUGUCGCUUGCUUAUCAACAAGCAUAUAAAUAUCAUUUGCUCCUCGAAGUAGCCGUGGAAUCUAUAAGACGUCGCAAGAGUACGCCAUGCGCCGGGGAGGUCAGCAAAUCCUCCAACCGUCGCAAGCGUUCGCUUCCGCAAGACGAGCUCCAGCCCGAGACUCUACGUCGGCGGAAUUUGCGUCACCAGGAGAGUAUCGACCGCGUCACACACUACCUCGAUAUGCAGCAGCGCGAGCCGAGCGGCGUCGAUGAGCUGAUGUACCCUAGCGCCGAAAGUCGAUUUCAGGCGGACAGGGCCAUAAAGGGGGUGGCUAUAGGAUCCGUAGAGGAAGGAGAUGAGGUUUGGACAUUGCAGUCGAACAUGAAGCUUUUAGAUCCUGAGAAGCCCGUUGAGACGGCGACCAAGCGACGUAGUUCCUUGAGAAGGAGACGCGAGGAUCCUGUCGAGACCGUUAUUAAUGAUAUGCAGGAAGAUACCGUGAAAAAAACAGUACGCAUAUGCUCCGUGGAUGAGGAAAUUCGUAUCGAAAGGUUUGAUUCCAUAGACACGGAUGAGUGGAUUCCUUUUGCCGAGCUACAAGAAGUACAAUUAGUGACUGCGAAAAUUCUCACCGCAGAAGAAGCGGCUGAUAAUAUCUCGAAGCGAGACCAGAGUCUGAGAGAUCCCUCAAUGGACGGAAGAACAACAAUUGCGAAUCUGAUUAGCGAUAGAAGUAUCCCAGAGGCUCGAGUUCCACCAUCGUCUAGCCUAAAACCAAGCGCCUCCGAGAACGCGAUAGCCGGUAUCUGGAACGAUGACAACAUGAUCUCAGAAAAGAAUAUCGAUCCAAAGAUCCUGAUGGACCUGUCGCGCGUCACAAGUGAUCUAGUGCACGAGCAGUGCGAACAGUACCAUUUCGACGAGGAGCACCUCACCGUGACAAAGCCGAAGAGGAAGCUGAGUCGCGUCAGUAGCGACAGUGCAUGUGGGGUCAAAUCGAAUGUUACAUUUCAUUUCGGUGACAACGGCUGUUUUAAUGCGGAGAUGCUUUCUGACAGACAUUCGCAGGUCAACUUAGUCGCGUAUGAACUUAAAGGCGUGAUGAGUCCGACUCGUCGUAUAUUCCAGGCUGAAUUGUCGAUCGUCGGAAAAAUUCAUUGCGAUAGUGUAAAGGAUAAUAAAUUCAAGAGCCUCAUAAACGAUAAUUCGACUAAGAAAUGGAGGAGCCCUCAGAGAGAUCGGGCACCGGCGUCGCGGCAUUCGGCCACGCCGGGAGUCCCACGGUUAGUGCGAGUCCAGUCUGUAAGUUUCACAGCCGCGAAUUUUAGACUACAAAAACCAACUUGUGCCGAGGAAAUCCCGUGGACGAGACCUGGACCGGUGGCUCCGACCAGGCUACAACGCGCGUCCAGCGAAGGCUCGAAAUCGCAAGUGAACAUUGACUCGAGCCUCCAGCCCGUCGACCAACGUCUACGUAAUCGCAGUGUCAGCGACGCUCUCGUUCCUAAGGAAGAGCCACCCCCGAAGUUUGCUGGCGCGAAGAACGAUGGUAAGCGACGAGAAGACGAUGCAGUUGACGCCAUCGUUGCUGGGAAUGGCUUGACUGACGCUCGGCAGACCCUCGAUUAUCAGAGGCAGAGCCUCGAGAGUCUCCUCGAGCCAGGUAGGGGAGGCGCAGUGAUUACCAAGGACUUGGAUCCGGAGAAAUUGGUUUAUUCAUCGUGUCAUAGUCUACCGAGCAACUACUACAAAUCUUUCGAGAGUCCGAAGCGCGAAGUCCACACUCAAACUCAAGGUGAACACAAAUCUACACAGUACAAGCUCGAGGACCUCGCCGAGUUCGUGGGAGAGUACUGCUCGCGCGAGCGGCUCCAGUACCUGCUCGAGGAGCGCUUUGGAAGUCCGCGGCGAGAGGUCGAGGUACAGACUGAACAGGAGUGCAAGGCCGUCCAGUGCAAUAGCGAGGAGUUGGAAGCGUCGGAUGAGUUCGGCCCCUUCUUCCGUAAACAAGUGUCCUUCGGCAGUCCAAAACGCGAGGCUCAAGUGCAAACAGGUCAGGACACCAAGUCAACGCAGUACGACCUUACGGAACUUGGCGAACCAAGACUUCGCCGCCAAGAUUCUGUAGAGUCCGAGCCUUCUGAGCUUCAGGGGAAGAGGGCAGUCGAAUGUUCGGCUUCGUCCCACGAGAGCUCGUCGCCGAGUAGUUCCUCACCACCCCAACGUAGAGCGCCGCCACUUAUCCUGUUGUUGAAGGGUGGAGUCAAGGCCGACAUGACGGUCACGCAUCGAGACAAGGACGGCAACGUCGUGUGGGCGAAACACUGGGGUCCCGAGAGGCUCGUCGAAAUCUACAGAGAACACCAGACGAGCCUCGGGCUCAGCAUCGUUGGCGGCAAGAUCGAUCUACAGGAGAGUAGCAGUUCUAGUUCAUCGCAGAAUGUAUCUGGAAUAUUCAUAAAAAAUGUGCUGCCAAAUAGUCCAGCUGGGAGAGCAGGGGGCCUACAGACUGGAGAUAGAAUAAUUAAGGUGGAUGGUGUAGAUUUACGGAACAGUACGCAUGAACGUGCUGUUAAAGCGAUUCAAGCAGCUGGGAAUCCUGUACGGCUGCUGGUCCAGUCCUUGGUGCACUUGAGUCCAGAUAAUGAAGGCUCAGUACAAGACAAAGGUGGUGGUGGCGGUGGUGACGGUGGCAGCGGCGGUGUCCACAGGUCCACCAGGAGGCAAAGCACCAGGCACCGUAUCUCCAUGGAUGGUGAUGCACCCGGUAGCCCCACAUCCUCCUUCCGGUACAGAUCUGGCUCACCGAGCAGAUCAUCGGAAGUCAUUCAGGAAGGGAAAUUUGAAUUAAACAAACAAGCCACUGGAGGAAUGUCAGAUGAUGCUGGACCAAGUGGUCGAAGGUCAUCGAUGAAGAAGUCGAUGCGUAAGAGAGCACCGUCGCCGCCCAUAAAUACCGGAAUAUUACGCGAGGUAAGCGAAGAACCCGAAGAAAAGCUCAAGCCUGAAGCUCCCGAGCCGUUGAAGAACAAGUAUUCAUCCGGCGAAAGCUCCGAGGAUGAAGAGGAUACUCGAGAUAUGGAGGGAAAUGUUUACACAAAGAAUGGUGUUGAGAUUUCGAGAAAAAGUGCGGGUAACGUGAAACGAUCGAAAGAAGAAAUUGCUGCUGAUCCUGAAGAAGAGGAUGAAUUCGGCUAUACAACCCAUAAAGUAAAGAAAAAGUAUGGAAAUUUGAAAAAACCAGUAUUUUUGGUAAAAUUAGAAAAAGAUCGUCGCGGCUUAGGUAUAUCAUUAGCUGGCCAUAAGGAUAGAAAUAAAAUGGCUGUUUUUAUAUGUGGUCUUAAUCCAAGUGGAGUUGCUUUUAAAAAUGGAGAGAUUCAAGUUGGAGAUGAAUUAUUAGAGGUAAAUGGAACUGUAUUUCAAGGAAGGUGUCACCUGAAUGCUUCUUCAAUGAUUAAAGGAAUGGCUGCCACUACAUUCAAACUCGUCGUCGUUCGGAGACCAUCAGGUAUAGAGAAUUGCGCCGUUAAGCAAGUUUUGCAAUUUCCCACAGCAUUGGCCGGUGAAGACUACAGUCAAUUUAAGGGUGUUAGAACACUUCCGAUAAAAAAGGGAACAUAUGGCUUAGGAAUAAUGAUAAUAGAAGGAAAGCACGCAGAAGUUGGUCAAGGAAUCUUUGUUUCUGAUAUUCAAGUAGGAAGUGCCGCAGAACAAGCUGGCUUAAAUGUAGGAGACAUGAUUUUAUCAGUAAAUUCGGAUACAGUAAUGGGAGCCACUUAUGAAGAAGCAACUUCUCUACUUAAAAAAAGCGAGGGUGUUGUCACUUUGACAGUAUGUAAUCCUAAUCAGAGUAAAGUGGCUGAGGAAGAAGAGCGAAAAGCUAGAGGAGAACCUGUAGAACUUUCCAAAGAAGUAGGAAAGGAACCAGAAAAACCAAAAGAGCCUGAAGCGCCUGCCGAUCCUAAAGAUUGUAAAAUAAAUAAUAAUAAAGAUACAACUAUUGAAUUUGCAAAGGAUAAAGAUAAGCCCAUUGGUUUUACGGUCGUUGGAGGGAAUGAUACACCUCUUAAUGGGGUGUUCGUUCUGGAUGUAUUUCCAGAUGGAGCAGCAGGCAAAGACGGUCGACUUCAACCUGGUGAUCGUAUUGUUGAUAUUAAUAAAGAAAGUUUUAAAUCGAUGGAACAAGACAAGGCAUAUCAAACUGUUUUAAGAAUUAUUCAAGGACCCAUAAUAAUGAUAGUACAUCGUGAUGAGAAAGCGGUCGAGGAGUUUGAAAUAGAGCUUACGAAGAAGUCCGGAAAAGGAUCUGGUCUUUGUUUGAUUGGAUAUAAAAGUGGUAAAGGCGCUUAUGUAUCUGAAGUGGUGGCUGGCGGCAGCGCUGCGGAAAGCGGAAAAAUCGUGAAGGGCGACCGAAUCGUGGCCGUCGGUGGGCAGGAGCUGCGCGAGGCCCCAGUCGAGGAUAUUGCACUUCACGUGAAAGUCUCCAAUCCUGUGCAGCUCAAGCUGGCCAGAUACAAGUCCAAGUGACAGGGUUCUGCAGGCGGAACUCAAAGGCAGCAUACCAUUCCACGAAUCAUGGCAUUAGCUGCAUAACAUUAAUACCAGUC